AUGGAACAAGAUAAUAAUAAAUACGAUACGGUUGAUGAUUUCAUUUUAUCAACCAUUUUACAUGACGUUCCGCUACUUGUACAUAAAAUUGAGAAAUUUCACAAUUUGGAUACUGCGGCAGCCUACGAAAAACUAAAGCAAGAGUUUGUUCUAAUUGUUAGAAGUGAAGAUGAGUUCGGCAGAAGACUUCAUGAUGCAGUUUUCGAUGCGGAUGUGGUUAAAGAAGGUAAAGAUUUUGUGAAAGCUUACGAAAAUUGUGUUUUGGAGCAAAAAAAAUUGUUAGAUGAUUUUAAUUCCAUAAAAUUGGCGUUGAAUACAAUAAAGAUAGAAAGGGAAGAGAUAGUUAGUGAUAUGAAAAAUAAUUUUAGUCAAAAACUUGAAAUCAUUGAAAACGAAAAGAAAUCUUUUGUUCAAAAGUUGAUUGAAUUAUUGAAAUUGUAUAAUAUGGUACUAGAUCGAAAUGUAAGUGAAGAAAAUUACACACAGACAGGUGAAAGCAUUAACGUUUUAUUGAGAAGUUUGAAGAAUGAAGACCUGGAAAAUUUAUUUACAAACAUAAACCACAAUAUCAACUAUCUUCAUUGUAGUUUGCGUUCGCAAACUCAGCCCUGCUAUCAGGCAUGUGUCAGUAUGGACACCCAAACAUCCAAAGACCAGACAAAAGUUGAUGCUGCGACAUCAACGUCUGCUGAGUUUAUAAUUGGAAAAGUUGUGUUAGAAAAAAAAAUCGAAGAACUUAGAACAACUCUUGGUGUUUGCGAAAAAAAACGAGACAAAAUCAUGAAAAACUAUUCAGAAAAAACAACAAAAUUAGCAACAGCUGAGGUUGAAAUUGAAACACUGAGGAAACAGUUGAAAGAGUGUGAGGAAAAUAAAAUCAAAACGCAAUCACAAAAAGUUGUGAAUAAAUCCGUUGCAACAGAGACUGUCAUUCUGCCUGUUCAAAAAGAAUUCAACGGCAAAAAUAUUGAAUGCUAUGAAUCAAAACAAAAUUAUGAUCCACAAAAGAGUAUUGAAGAUAAUUUACGAGGUAAAGAUGAGAAAGGAAAGAAAAUUCUGAUUGAACAACUAAUACUCGCUUUCAAUAAAAUAUUUGAAUAUGAAAAAUUAGAAAUCCGGCAUAUUAAUGUAAAUACAACAGAUAUCGUUACAAAAGUAGAAAUUUACCGUGAAAUCUUGGCUAACAUUGAUACUGAUGCAUUACCACUUUUGCAUGUAUCACAAAAUGCUAUUAAAAAUAUCAUAACAUUAGGUUAUCUGAAAUCGUUAAUUGAAUCUAACGAAGAAGCCGAAAAAGAAGGAUUUUCACUUUCAUCACAAGAUAAACAAUAUAUAACUAAAAUGAAUCUGAUUCUGAAUAAACGGCUGGAACAGAUUAAGAAUAUCGACGCUGGUUACUCUGCUCACACUGAUGAUACACAAGAUACUUUAGUGAAACUUUCGAUCUAUUCAAGUUUCUAUAGAAUGCUCGAAAAUAACUACAUCAAUAGUACAGGCGUUGCUAGCAAGUUAACAAGAGUCUCAACCAAUUCAAUAGAGAAUCAAACAAAGCAGAUAGCUGUUAUUGAUGCAUACAGUCAAACGGAGAUACAACAGAAAACAGGCGGAAAGGUUGAAGAAAAAGGACAAGCUAACCAGUCAAUACCAAGAAUACGUCAACCCAACGAGAAAAGGAAAGCCACUGAUUAUACUGAACUGACUCUGCAAAAGUCAAAACAAACAAAAAAAGAUGAUCUUGUUAAUCCGAAUAAUGUUGAUGAUGAAUUGCAAAAAGCAAUAGAUUCUAUUACAACAUCGCAAGAAGAUGUUGAAUUUGAAAUAGAUAAAAAUGAGUCAAUUGAAUUUUAA